AUGUCUCAGGGGAUCCCCGCCGCGGGAAGCAUUUUGGAACGAAGUUCCUCGUCCGACGGGACCUUGCAGAGACCAAAACCACAGGAGCAGAGCCAUGAUGACGAUGAAAGACGAGUAAGACGAAGAGAGAAGAACAGAGUCGCUGCUCAGAGAAGCCGAAAGAAACAAACUCAGAAAGCAGAUAAACUCCAUGAGGAAUAUGAGUGCCUUGAACAAGAGAAUAGUUCUCUAAAAAGGGAGAUUGGAAAGCUGACAGAUGAAGUGAAACAUCUGAGUGAAGUGUUGAGGAACCAUGAGAAAAUCUGUCCCUUGUUACACUGUCCCUUAAACUUUGGAUUGAUUCCCAGACAUGAAGCCCUCCUUGGUCCCUUGCCAAGAUAAGACUCCCUCCUGAGAAACCUGAAAGAAUGAGAAGAUUUCAAGACUCUCCAGUAUUGUCAUUUUGACCAUCAAGUUGCAUGAGUCCACACAUUCGUACAGCAGCAUAUGCUACAUCUAGUGUUACCUUGGAUUCGUCCAAUCAUCAAGAAUCAAUGUUGAUGUUAAAAAGC